AUUGAGGGAUUUGCACAAAAGUUCACGCGGCCUAUGCCAGCCGAAAGGAACGGCCGCGCUUUGAACAAACACCGCGCUAGGCUAACUGUCAAAAUUGUGUAAACAACCGUGUGAGCUUCAGCGAGCGUUGCGGCCAACUAGGCAAUAGUAUUUAGAAGUUGAGAAAUCACAGUUUUUAUCGCUGUUCGGAUCGGAACAAAACACAAAAAAUGUUGCACCAGGAUAUUUUGCAUCGAGUGAAAAAUAAGCAAGCAAGUGUGAAUACGGUCUAUCAUUGCCUUUACGCGUUUUAUUUCCUCGGAAUGGAUCGUGCGUGCCUGGCGAAAACUUUUGGCAAAUCCAAAUCGAUCAUUUGCAGUUGGAUCCGGCGGUACGAACGCGAGGGAUUUUUUUCCCGAAAGCAGCGAAAGCAGGUUUAUCGACGUUUCGGAACCGCACAACGGCAGUGGUUGUUGGACCUGUACUACAAGAAGCCAGUGAUAUUCAUCGAUGGAGCGCGCGACCGUUUUCAACGACAUUUUAAAACAACAAUCAGUGCCGCUUCUGUAAUUCGUAUUCUAAAAACAGCGGGACUAACGUGGAAAAAGAUUGAGAGACGUGCAAUUCAAAUACGGAAAGCAGACAUUCUCAGGUAUGCCGACGAGCUAGACGCAUUCAAUUGGGAACUACAUCAAAUGGUCUUCAUUGAUGAGGUUUCUUUCGAUUCCCGAGACAUGUUGCGGAAUCACGGGUACGGAGUGAAAGGAAAGAAAAUCAUCUAUCGAGGUGAAUUCAAUCGGCGCCCCCGAGAAUCGUAUCUGUGUUUUCUGGGACAAACGGGAAUGCUAGAGUCGUACAGGACAGAAGGUACUUUCACUAGGCAGAAGUUUUUCGAGUGCAUUCGGAAAUUCGCAUUACGGAGUGGAAAAGCAGAGACGUAUCCGGGGCGCCACUCAAUCUGGAUAAUGGAUGGUGCCCGAAUACACUGUGACAAAAACAUCAUCAUGUAUCUUCGGUCGUUGGGCAUUCUACCAAUCUUUCUACCUGCUUACUGUCCAAUGUUCAACCCCAUUGAAGUCAUUUUUGGAAUCUGUAAGAAAUAUUUGAAGCGUCAUUACGUCGAGAACAGCAAAAUCCCGUUGGCGUAUAUAAUCACAGAGACUUUUGUUAAAUUCGGAAACUAUUCGUGCACGGCACUAUUUCACAAGUGUGGCUAUGUAACUGGAAGUAACUUUGAUCCGAAUAUUGGUCUCGACCAGCCUUUCAAAGACUUCGGAUUUGAAGAGUAACUGCUUAAAUAAAAUAAAAUGAUUAAAACUUUUAUUUCUGUUCGUUCAAAUUUUAUUCGAAUCAAGCGUGAUCAACAUCCAUCAUAUCUCCCACCUCAUCCCUCAAUCGGCAACUCAAUGAUGAUUCCUGUGGUUGUAUGGAAGUUUGCAUCCCUUUCAGCAUAUCACU